AUGACAAAGAAGUCUGUGUUAAGGUUAAUAGUUCUGGUGAUACAUGGCAUGUGUGCACCCAAUUUAGCACAAGUCUGCAGACUUCUUGGUCAGCCUGCCCUUCCUCUACUCUCUGAAGAAAGAAACAUUAACAUUGGGGCAAUUUUCUCACUGCACAAAAGUGCUCUUUUGAAGAGCCAUAAUUUCACUUCCAAACCAAAGCAAACAACAUGUGGCGGCUUGAACCUCCGUGAAUUUAAAUUUGUUCAAACACUGAUUUUUGCUAUUGAGGAGAUUAAUAACAGCUCUCUGUUGCCUGGUGUGUCAUUGGGUUAUAAAAUAUAUGACUCCUGUGGCUCAGUUGCUCAAGCUAUCUUCUCAGGCAUGGCUUUGAUGAAUGGUUAUGAAGAGACUUUGAGUGAUACAUCUUGUUCUACACCACCAGCUGUUCAUGCUAUUGUAGGAGAGUCAAACUCAUCUCCCACAAUUGGCUUGGCAUCGGUAGUAGGUCCAUUUAGCUUACCUCUUAUCAGUCAUUUUGCUACAUGUUCAUGCCUGAGUAACAGAAAAAGAUAUCGAACCUUUUUCAGAACAAUACCCAGCGAUUAUUACCAAAGCCGAGCACUGGCUCAACUUGUCAAACACUUUGGCUGGACAUGGGUUGGGACAGUCAGAAGCCGCAGUGACUAUGGUAAUAAUGGCAUUGCAACAUUUGAGGAAGCAGCCAAACAAGAGGGGAUUUGUAUUGAAUACUCAGAAGCUGUAUUCAAAACAGAUCCAGAAGUACAGUUUCUGAAAACAAUAGAAGUAAUAAAGAAGGCAACCACAAAGGUGGUGGUGGCUUUUAUGGCAUUUGGAGAUUUUGUCCUCCUCUUGAAAGUAAUGGCACAACAAAACAUUACAGGGAUACAGUGGAUUGGCAGUGAGUCCUGGAUAACAUCUCGAAAUCUUGCAGAGACAAAGGAAUACCGUUUUCUUUCUGGAGCUGUGGGUUUUGCUAUUGCAAAUGCCAAACCUGUAGGCCUACGAGAGUUCCUAAUGAAUGUGCACCCUGAUAAAGAGCUAAACAAUGAACUGUUAAAAGAAUUUUGGGAAACAGUUUUUCUCUGCUCUUUCAGCAACAACAGCAGUGGUGGAUGUACUGGCUUAGAAAAACUGGCAGAGAUUCAGAAUGAAUACACUGAUUUCACAGAACUACGAAUCGAAAAUAAAGUCUACACUGCUGUGUAUGCUGUUGCUCAUUCUUUGCAUAAUGUUCUAAAAGACUUCAAAUCCUUCAUCAUCAGCAGCAAAAAACAAUUGCCCACACCACAGAAGAUGUUGGAAUAUUUAAAAGAUGUGAACUUCACUGUCAAUACGAAUGAAAAUAUCUUCUUUGAUGCAAGUGGUGAUCCAGUGGCAAGAUACGACUUGGUGAACUGGCAGCCUACUAAGGAUGGAAGUCUGCAGUUUAAACUUGUGGGCAUCUAUGACAGUUCACUGCCUUCGGAGCAACGUCUUCAAAUCAAUCAGGAAUCCAUGCUAUGGGCAGGAAACAGUGGAAAAUUGCCUGUGUCCGUGUGCAGUGAGAGCUGUCCCCCUGGAACUAGAAAAGCUGUGCAAAAAGGAAGACCCAUCUGCUGUUAUGACUGUAUCCCGUGCGCAGAGGGAGAAAUCAGUAAUUACACAGAUUCUAGUGACUGUUUUCCUUGUGGUUUGGAGUACUGGUCAAAUGAAAGCAAAGACAGAUGUGUAAUUAAAGUCAUUGAAUUCCUUUCCUAUACAGAAAUCAUGGGUGUGGUACUUUGUAUUUUCUCCUUCAUUGGGGUAUUAUUAACUGCAAAUGUGUCUUUUCUGUUUUAUUUUCAUAAAGAAACACCUAUUGUCAGAGCCAACAACUCUGAGCUGAGCUUCCUGCUGCUUUUCUCACUGACUCUGUGUUUUCUCUGUUCAAUUACAUUCAUUGGUCGUCCCACUGAGUGGUCCUGUAUGUUGCGUCACACAGCAUUUGGGAUCACUUUUGUCCUCUGUGUCUCCUGUGUUCUGGGGAAAACAAUAGUGGUGUUAAUGGCAUUCAGGGCUACACUUCCAGGAAGUAAUGUCAUGAAAUGGUUUGGCCCUCUUCAACAGAGACUUAGUGUUGUUUCUUUAACAUUAAUACAGGUGAUCAUCUGUGUUCUUUGGUUAACAAUGUCUCCUCCUUUCCCAUUUCUGAAUUUGAGCUAUUACAGAGAAAAAAUCAUCCUAGAAUGUAACUUAGGUUCAGCUUUUGGUUUCUGGGCUGUUCUGGGUUAUACUGGCCUGCUAUCAACCUUGUGUUUUGUUUUAGCAUUUUUUGCUCGAAAACUCCCAGAUAACUUCAAUGAAGCCAAGUUCAUCACUUUCAGCAUGCUAAUUUUCUGUGCUGUCUGGCUCACAUUUAUCCCAGCUUAUGUCAGUGCUCCUGGAAAAUAUACUGUUGCUGUGCAAGUAUUUGCUAUUUUAGCUUCAAGUUUUGGUUUACUAUUUUGCAUAUUUGCCCCAAAAUGUUACAUUAUUUUGCUAAAACCUGAGAAAAACACAAAGAAACAAAUGAUGGGAAAGUCUUAA